UCAUGAGACCAUAACAUUUUAAAGGAAGAGGAGGGAGAAGGAAAUACAAGCCAAGCCCGAGAGAAACAUACUUCCCUCCCACCAUCAAGGGCAGUUCCUUAUUGUUUUGCCACGGAAAGGAAUGAUCAAGUGGAAACUGAGGAGAGAUUUAGACAAAACUGAAGUGGGAAUCCUCUGGAGAACUCUCUGAUUCAGAGGAGAAGAAAAGGCAGACAAAUACCACACAAGGACAAAGUGGUCUAGCUGGAGGUGACUGGGGAGAAGGAAAGAAAAACAGCUGAAAAACCACUCUUUCCAUCCAGGAUUGAAAAAGAAGCCAGUGUGCUCAAGGAAAGAAUCUAUUCUCUUCGUGGCAUUGCAACAACCGUGGUAUUUUCUGUGAAUGAAGGCUGUGUUGUUUUCUCUUGCACUUUCUAUUCCUGGAGAGAGAAUGGAGGCACUGAGAUUUUUCUCAAAAUCCUUACAAGAGGGAGGAUUGCUUGGAUGUGGCUUCUGGAGUUCUCGCUUCAGUCUUUUCUGAAAGAUGCCAGUCUCUGUUGGAAGCCCUGGCACACUAUCCUCCCAAUGCCUGUCACUUCUGCCCAGUUUUUCCAAGUAGCCGGUGAAGCGAUGCAUCUGGCAAAAAGAGCUUAAGACAGGGACAAGGACUCAGCUUUGCGACAGUGUGUGAGCCCAGCGUUUCUUCCCUGUUCAAGGGAGUUACCAGAAUGUCUGUGAAACAUGUGAAAAGCUCAGCCAACCGAAGAGAUGUAAACACAACAGAAGGCGAGUGGAGUUUUCAAAAAUGUGGCAAUAACUGGGAGCUUCCUCAAACAAAGUUUGGCAGAGGGAAGCUCACCUUUGGUAGACUUGCUUGUUUUAAUGGUGUUUCUUCUCUCUCAAUGGAUUGGCACUGCUUCUCCUUUUAAGAAAAUUCUUGAACUUCUUCCCUCAACCCCAUUUUGUCAAAAAAAAACCCCUUGCUAUAGAAACAAUUGUUCAGAGAAAAACAUCUUUGGAAUGGUGUGGGGAGAACACAAAUUCACUCUAACAACUGCAUGUGAAGACUUUUUGAAAACCUCCCACAUGCAGAUAUAACUUGUUUUCUCCCCAAAGGUGAAAACUACAGAAAUAUGUACAGUAGAUUAAAAAGAGGAAAAUCUUAUUUCACCAGCUCCAGUUUGAAAUCUCCAUUUUGGGAACAGCUCGACUACAGUUGCUAAGGUCCUACCAUCAUCCAUCGCAGACCUCCACGGUAAGGAGAGGCAGUGGAGAUCAAUCCUCUAAGAUGUUUAUUUGGACCAGCGGCCGAAGCUCCUCAUCGUACAGACAUGACGAGAGAAGAAAUAUUUACCAAAAAAUCAGGGAUCAUGACCUGCUGGACAAAAGAAAAACAGUCACCGCUCUCAAAGCUGGAGAGGACCGGGCCAUUCUCCUGGGAUUGACAAUGAUGGUGUGUUCCAUUAUGAUGUACUUCCUUCUCGGAAUCACGCUGCUGAGGUCAUACAUGCAAAGUGUUUGGACAGAAGAGACGCAGUGCACACUCCUCAAUGUCUCCAUCACAGAAACCUUUAACUGUUCGUUCAGCUGUGGUCCAGACUGCUGGAAAAUAUCCCAGUAUCCCUGCUUGCAGGUCUAUGUCAAUGUCUCAUCUUCAGGGCAAAAGUUCUUACUUUACCACACAGAAGAGACGAUUAAAAUCAAUCCAGAGUGUUCCUAUAUACCCAAGUGUGGCAAGAACUUUGAAGAGUCCCUGUCCCUUGUGAAUGUUGUGAUGGAAAACUUCAAGAAGUAUCAGCACUUUUCCUGCUUUUAUGACCCAGAAGGUGUUCAAAAGAAUGUAUUGCUAACCAAACUUUACAGUUCCAAUGUGCUGUUCCAUUCACUCUUUUGGCCAACGUGCAUGAUGAUAGGCGGACUAGCAAUUGUUGCCAUGGUCAAGUUGACCCAGUAUCUGUCCCUUCUCUGUGAGAGGAUCCAACGGAUCAACAGAUAGAAGUUAUCAGCUCACUUCCACACUUGAUUGACAGCUGAAAUACUGUUUCAUUUCUUUUUCAUUCUUCACCAAAGAACCUUAAGUUUGUAAUGUCUACGUCUGUUCUAAGUUCCUUGUAUUUUUAUGGAGUAGAGCAAUAAUGAAAAAGGCUGUUCUAUAUGCAAACGUGAUGUUAUUAUUAUGCAGAUGAUGAGAGAAGGAAUUACCGUUUGCGUUGGCCGUCUACAUAAUCUUGAUUUAUGCUGCAACUUAGUACUUCUUUUCACCUUGUCUUCUUUUCUUUUCUUUCUUUCUUUCUUUUCUACAGCCAAAAUAGGGCUCAUUAACCAUUUGCCAAGUUUUGUCUCUGAAUGCAUCAACAUGCACAAAUCCUGUUUGGAGGGAUGUAUUACAUUUCUACAUGUGUUCAUGUGAACCAUUUGAAGUUCCACUUAAGCUGGGAGGUGAGGGAUGGGUAGAAAGGACUCAGAAUGGAAGGAAAUUUGAACAAAGGUAAGAGCAACAGUUUGGGUAGCUGUAGUGGAACUAAGAUGGAUGCCUUCAUCCAAGAAUCUCUUGCAGGCGUGGGAUCCCCAACUACCUCCUCCGCUGAGGUCCAAGGUCGCACACAAGUGCAGGAUGUAUCACUGCACACCCAGGCCCCAAUCCAGAUAAUAUUGUCAGGCUAAUAUCCCAUUGAAAUCUAUAGGGCAUUUUAGUCAUGGCUGAUCUAAAUGGGAUGUUAGUACACUUAGAUUUUUUGGAUGGGAUUGGGGAAAACUCCAAAGUUCUGGACUGGAGCAGUAGUCUACAUAUUGCCUUCAUGCUCAGGGUUAAGGUUUUGUUUUUGGUGUUUUAGAUAAACAUUUAUUUGCAAUAUCUUUUUUUCCUCAUGGAUCAUAAUUUUUACCAAAGCUACAGCCAAAAAAAGACCCACCUCAUCCCACAAAUACAAUUUCUCAUCUACUUUUCAUUUUCUACUCCAGCCUGAGCCCUGUUGGCAGAAAUGGGACCAGAUAACACCUUCUGUACAAAUCUAUUAUGUGCAUUUUUCUUGUAUUUGCUACCAUAUCACUGUAAAGAACUAAAAGGAAAAAAAUCCAUAGUCAGCUAUUUUUUCAUUUUUUACUUCCAACUCUUUUAGAUUUUUUACUGGGUAUUUUAAAAAAAAGAAAACUAGAUGAGAAGACAAAAAAGUAUAUUCUAUCCAGUGGUGUAUUGUAAUAUGAAUAUGUUAUAUUUUAUUAUUUCUUUUAUUAACUGGUAUGUGAGCGGUAUCCUUCUUGUAUAUUCCAGUGUCUGGUUAAAAUCAUGAAAAAAAGCAGUGCCAGGGAGCUGGGCAGGCUUAGAUGUCAUUUGUAGUGGCAUUUUAGUUCAAAUACGCUUAGUUGGUACUUAGUAUGGAAAAGGCAUCCUCUAUUCUGAGAGCCCAAGAAUGACAGAAAAUUAUAUUAUUCCUACAAAAGUUUUUUACAAAAACAUGUGCAUCCUUUCUUCCAAAAUGAUAUGAAAGUAAGACAUAUGAAAUGUAGAUGUGUCUCUCCAUGCACUGAAGGUCAUGGAAGUGUUAUGGAAGAACCAAGAACAUGCAUAUGUUAAUGCUUACAAUGAGUACUGCACUACUGACACAGGAUCACUAGAGGAUCUUAGGUGGCUUUCCAAAUAGAACAUUUCCAGUGGUUCAAUUCCCCUCCCCUUUCUUUCCAAAGCCCACUUUAGUGCCUGUGCUCCUUGCUGCUCAAAAACAGCAGAGGACAAAGAAAAGAUGGAAAUCCACAUGGGAUGGAGAGGCAGGAAAUGGUCACACAACAGGGAGUCAUCAAUACUACUGUAGGAAGGGCAGGAAGAGGACUAGGAUGGGUCUAUAUGUAAAGUGUUAGUAAGUGGGAAUCAGGAAAAGAAGAGAGGAACAAUCACUGGGAAGCAGGAAGGAAGGAGACUGUCCACAAGGAGCAGCAGAAGGAAAGAAGAAAGAAGUAGGGAACAGUGGGUUGAGUUUACAAUGGGAAAUGAAAGGGGAAUGCUUUUGAUGCCCAAUUUGCCAUAAAAAAUAAAUGAGAUAGAUAUGAAGGGGCAGAAGAAAUUAUUACAUCCCUUGGCCCCAUCCUCUGCAUAGCUAUGACUAGUUUUCUCAACUUUAUUUGAUUAUAACUACAAAGACAAUCUAACAGGUUCUGAUGCUACAUUUUGCUCAGAAGGCAAAAUGUGAGGAACUUGAUGAUCGUUCACUUUGAACUAACUUGGGAGUUUUAAAAACGAAUUAUUUAAAGGUGUGUUGGAAGCAAAGGUUACUUCUUUUUGCCAAAAGGAGAAGAUGUUUUUUGAUCUGUCCAGCUCAUCUGUGAUCUGAGUACUUCUUUACUCCCUAUAAUGUAAUGUGGGGGGGGGGGGGGGGCAAUUUUAUGGUGUUACAAGAUUCCAUGAACUGUACAAGUGUGGUCUGAGCUGUACAAAUGAAGUCUGCAGCAGUGAAAUUAAUCUUUGACCUUGUAAUCCAUAAUGCAAUUUCUUUUCUCAGGCAAAUAUGUUCCUGGGGUGUGUAAUCAGGACUUCGAAACCGUGUGAUUUGGUACAAAAAUUAUUCAA